CGCACUAAAGCAGUUUGUCCCUGCCUUUGAUCAGCAGAGAAGUAGAAGUGAGUUUUGUGCAGAGCAUCAUCAUGGCGGACACCAGAGAGAAAGCGCUACAAGACUACAGGAAAAAACUACUGGAACAUAAAGAGGUGGACGGGAGAUUAAAAGAAUUGAGGGAACAGCUGAGAGAACAGACAAAGCAGUAUGAAAAAUCUGAAAAUGACUUGAAGGCUCUGCAAAGUGUUGGACAGAUUGUUGGAGAAGUGCUUAAACAGCUUACUGAGGAAAAAUUUAUUGUAAAAGCUACAAAUGGUCCAAGAUAUGUGGUUGGAUGUCGCAGACAGUUGGAUAAGUCCCAGUUAAAGCCCGGUACCAGAGUGGCUUUGGACAUGACCACUCUCACAAUAAUGAGGUAUCUGCCCCGAGAGGUGGACCCACUGGUGUACAAUAUGUCCCACGAGGACCCUGGUAGUGUUUCCUACUCAGAGAUUGGUGGCUUGAGUGAACAGAUCCGGGAACUUAGAGAGGUUAUUGAGCUGCCCUUAACAAACCCUGAACUUUUCCAGAGAGUUGGGAUCAUUCCUCCUAAAGGCUGUCUACUUUAUGGACCACCAGGCACUGGAAAAACUCUUCUUGCUAGAGCAGUGGCCAGUCAGCUGGACUGCAACUUCCUCAAAGUGGUAUCCAGCUCCAUCGUUGACAAAUAUAUUGGUGAAAGUGCCAGGCUCAUCAGGGAGAUGUUCAACUACGCCCGAGACCAUCAGCCCUGUAUCAUAUUUAUGGAUGAAAUUGAUGCUAUUGGUGGGCGACGCUUUUCUGAGGGCACUUCUGCUGACAGAGAAAUCCAGAGAACUCUCAUGGAGCUUCUCAACCAGAUGGAUGGCUUUGACACGUUGCACAGAGUCAAGAUGAUCAUGGCCACAAACAGGCCAGACACUCUGGACCCAGCUCUGCUGCGUCCUGGCAGGCUUGACCGCAAAAUCCACAUAGAGUUGCCAAAUGAGCAGGCUCGUCUGGACAUCCUGAAGAUUCACUCCAGUCCAAUAACCAAGCAUGGAGAACUUGAUUAUGAAGCCAUUGUAAAGCUGUCUGAUGGUUUUAACGGAGCUGAUCUGAGGAAUGUGUGCACAGAAGCAGGUUUAUUUGCCAUCCGCUCAGACAGGGAAUAUGUGACACAAGAAGACUUCAUGAAGGCCGUCCGCAAAGUGGCCGAUUCAAAGAAACUUGAGUCCAAGUUGGACUAUAAGCCUGUAUAAAAUAUAUGCUACAACUAUUUGCUUUACUUUACAGUGUCACUGCAUUUGGUGAAUUUGCUCUAUUGUGUGCCUCAGUUUGUAUGUCGUAAUUGGGAGGCAGAAAGUUUUCCAUGUUAAAAUUCUAUACUCUUGAUAUAUGCGUUCUAUUGGAAGGCAUCAAUAAAUUGAAGUAAAAUGUA